AUGGCACCCCUUGUUUCCAGGGUCCUCCAUCUUCCUCAAGGUAGAGAGAGAACCCUGGGAACGAGAUUGAAUGAAGGCCACAAGCAUUUGAGAAUAGUGAGUCUGUUUAAGAUUCAUUUGUCUGUGUUUGCUUACUCUAAGUGUCCUCUUUGUCCCAGGCUUUUCGGGAUUCCUCUGACGCAGCUCUGUUCCGAGGAAGAGCCUGUACCAAAAGCAGUGCGGGAACUGUUGUUACAUUUGUUUCGGUACGGCCCCAAUACCACGGGAAUCUUCAGGAAGUCUGCUAAUGCCAGAAUUGCCAAAGAAAUCAAGAUUGAAUUGGAUGAAGGUAAAAUAGUGGACUUCGAAGAUGUGUCAGAGGUCAUAACUGCGUCUGUUUUGAAGGAAUUUCUUCGUCGCUUGCCGGACUGUAUAUUUGAGAGUGAGAAUUACGAAGAUCUCGUCGCCACCAGCAAUAUCGUAGACCAAGACGAACGAGCGAGGCAAAUCAAGGGGAUCUUGAGUGGAAUCAACCGUUAUAAUUACGAACUGUUAAAAUCAUUUUUGUGCGUGUUAUAUUACAUCGCCGACAACGCGGAAACAAACAACAUGAACGCUUACAACUUGGCAGUUUGCGUGGCACCCAGCAUGCUAUGGGCGCCCAAGGGUUCCAGUAUUCCUGCCACGGAACAAUCAAACUCCGUACCCCCGGUGAUACAGUUUAUAAUUGAACGGUGUGUGGAUAUCAUGGGAGAUGAUGUAAGAACAAUUCUUGGCGAUCGUAGCGAGAUCGCUGCUAAUCACGUGGCCAGCGACUCGGAGAGUAGUACCCAGGACUCACGGACUGCUUUGAGUCAGUCCUCUACGGAUGACGGGAUAGAGUCACCCGAACCUUUGAGUCCCAAAGGAGAAAGGACCUCCAUUCACUUAAGCGAUUCGAACUUGUAUGUGACAAGCACGCUUAGUGUUCAUCCUACGAAUAAAAGUGUUAGUACACCAAGUUCGCCGUGUGAUUCAGGGAUUCCGUCACCUAGUUCAUCGCCCCCACUCAAGAGACAUGACGUUGAGUUUUCUAAUAAACUCAGCGCCGCUUUUUAUGAACCUCAUCACAGCAAAGGACAUGCACCCAUCGGUCGACGAAGUUCGGAACCACUCGGCUUACCGCCGGAUUCCAUGAAAUUGCGACUAAAGGGAAAUCGGAAAUCCCCGAACUCUAAGCGACAGUUGAGUAGUACAACGACAAGUGCUGAACUAAUUGAACAUAAACAGGCGCAAAAGACCACGGCAAGUGGUCGGAAACUAGAGACUGCAGUGCUACGACGAGCGCAUUCGCCUCAAACUGUACGGUUAUUUCCUGUCACGCAAAGUGUCACGCAAUACCAGCGUCUUAGCCCUGUACCUAACUAUCCCUCAUCUGUGUCACGUGCUUUAGAAGUCAAACAGUCUGUGGAAACUCAAGGCUUGAGUACUGAAGAUCUUGAUAGCAGUCCGACAUCUCCUGUUCCGCCCAGCUCACCGGUAUCUAAACAACCCCCAGGAGGACCCCGGUCUCCAUCCCCGAGCCCUGAUCAAGUUUUUCAAGCUGUUGACCGCCGGCGCCAGCCUGCGGCGCCGUCAUAUCAAGAACACAUGCAGCGUCGGAGAGAACUGAACUCGAAACCUGCGUUUUUUCCGGGUUUAGAAGGAAAGGAGGUUAAAGAUUUGGACAAUAAUAAGGAACAAGUAUCCCCCAGGGAACUAAAGGAAUUUUUCGAAACUAAGGAGCAUGUGCAACAGCCCCGUUUCCUUGGGAGAUCGGGUGUAUUUCACGAUCGGUUGGAUUCGGAAAGGAGCGAAACUUCUUCGACACCUAAAACGCCUCUGUCUCCGGCAAGCCAGCAGGACUAUGUGUGGGAACAAGUCGAUGAUUCAAGCUGCAGCUCAAUCGCCAGUGCGGGAAUCCGUCGACUGGAACAUUCACCAUUUGGACUCAAUCUUCAUCAUAAGAGGAAUGCUAGUGAAGGGUCUUAUAAAAAACCGCCUACUGAAAACUCCAGGAAAACUGUUGGGCUCCCCACAAGUCACAGCUCUGGACAGUUACGAUCUUCGCCUACUUCUGUUUCGUCUUCUGUUUCUAAUUCCAUUCCGCAUAAUUCUUCUCUCACACAUUUCCCUCACUCCGAGUUCUUUCCGCACGAAGCUCAAACGAAAACACACUGGGGACCUUCGGCUGAUACUCGGGGAACUUCGGUAGUCCCCAAUUCACCGUGCAAUUUCCGAAUUCGGAGAGGCAGCGCGACUUCGUCUUCGUCGUCGGUGUCGAGCUUGGAUGAGCGAUCGAGCGUCGGCGCUGAUUCGACGUUUUCCGAAGGUAAAACGGACGUGACACAAAUUCGCGAUAUUAAGGAACUUCUUAGCGAGAAUGCGCAAGCGAAUGGACUGAAAAUCAGUCCGCAGACGGCGCAAGUAAUCGCUAAGGUACGCACGCCGUACCCUCAGAGCGGGGCGUAUGCUGCCCCGUCCCAUGACGAUAUCGAGAAAAUUCUGUUCACAGAAGAAUCGUACGUCUAGCUUUCCAGUAAUAUUUUGUAUUGUACAAAGAAAACGCUGCCAAGUAUUUAGCUGUAAUUAGUGAUUUAGAGCGUACUUUUUCCGCUUUUCCAAGGCAGUAUUUUAUUUCAAUAUUCCGUAGAAUAAAAAAAUAAAACGCAAAGUUUUAACGUAAGUUGUUGUUAUGGCAAGAAAUGGUUUCUAAAGGGGGAGGAAUAAACUAUUUCAAGCUGU